GGAACAAGAGGUCUGGCUUGGGUGCCUUUUAACAUGUUCCACGAAAUGUCUGGAGCAGAACUGUUGUCCUUGACUUAGUGAAUUGACUGACCAAGUCUUCGUCUUCCUUACCCACCCUCGAAAUAGUUCAACUUUUUUCAUCAGCAAUCUCCUCCUCUCUCCUUCACUGUGUUCAUUCCCAAACUCUCUCAAUAGUUCCAGUUCACAUCACACGCACAAACACCAAAAAAAAAACAAAUGUUUCCUUAUCUACUCUCAAUUGCACUCCCUCUUUACUUCUUCCUCCAUCAAAGUACUUUAACACUAGCCAUCAACUCCCCUGGCCUUUAUUCCCAACAGCUUGAUCCCAUUGCCGUCAACUGCGGCUCCUCCGGCGACUCAACUGCAGAAGAUACCCGGAAAUGGACCGGAGAUAUCGGUUCCAAUUACAUCACUUCAUUACAUGGUUCAAAGGGCAAAUUGAUCAGCUCAAAAGCGACUGACCAACCCCUUCCCUACGAUCCAAUCCCUUACAGGACCGCCCGGCUCUCCCGUUGGCCAUUCACCUAUACAUUCCGUGUCACUCCAGGUCAGAAACUUAUACGUCUUCAUUUCUAUCCGGCUUUGUACCUGGGUGGUUUCAAAAGGUCCAAGGCCUUUUUUACUGUGAAGGCUGGUCGUUAUACCCUUCUUAGCAACUUUAGUGCUGCCCUUACUGUUGAUGCGUUAGGCUUAACCUCUCUUGUUAAAGAGUAUUAUUUGGACAUGGACGAAGAUCAACCGUUAAUCAUAACGUUCUCCCCGUCACGAAUUUGUAAUUCUGAUGAGGUAUAUGCUUUUGUCAAUGGGAUUGAAAUAAUCUCAAUGCCAGCUGCACUUUAUCAUACUCGAGAGGGUAAUCCAGCGGCACAGAUUGUUGGGAAGAGCGACCCGUUUACCCUAGAUAAGAGCAUUGCUCUGGAGAAGGUACACCGGUUAAACGUUGGCGGAAGCUCCAUUUCGCCCAUAGAAGAUAGGGGUAUGUUUAGGGAUUGGAAUGAGGACUCAAAUUAUCUGUUAGAAAAAUCAUGUGUCAAGCCAGUUACUACCACAAUUCGAAUCAAAUACACGAGCGUACCACCGUACACUGCUCCUCAGAAAGUGUAUCAAACAUCUUGGUCACUGAUUCCAGGCAAGCAUGCGAACAAGACCGAAUCAAAUUUCACGUGGAGAUUACCUGUGGAUUUGGGAUUUCGGUACCUGCUUAGGUUGCAUUUCUGUGAGCUUGAAUAUGAGAUAAAAGAGAGUGGAAGGAUGGAGUUUAGUAUCUUUGUUAAUGAACAGGUUGUUGAGGCCAAAGGUGACCUUAUCCAUUGGAGCGGCGGAAAUGGGGUGGCUGUGUUUAAGGACUAUGUGGUGAUUAUGGAUGGAGAAAGGAUGGAGGGCAAGCGUGACUUGCGCAUAGCGCUGCGCCCUCACAAUCAUGAAUGGACGGAACCAAUGGAUGCAACUGUAAAGGGGUUAGAGGUAUUCAAGUUGAGCAACCCCGACAAAAAUCUUGCUGGGGUGAACCCGGUGUCGCUUGAACGUGCUUCGACAUCUCCAAAGCCCAAGAAGCUAGUCUUUGCUUCCGGAGGAAAUGCCAUUGCAACAGGUGUAGUAAUUGUACUCACUGUGUUGAAUGUCAUUGUUUACCAAUUGCGUAGCUUAGGUGAAAAUAGUGCGGAGAGAAAUCUCUCUUCGUCGACAUCGGAGGGGUUGUGUCGCCGUUUCUCACUUGCUGAGCUCAUGUCAGUGACCAAUAACUUCGAUGAUGAAUUUGUCAUUGGACGUGGUGGAUUUGGUAAGGUCUACAAAGCGCUUAUUGAUGAUGACGCAACAACGGUUGCCUUAAAGCGGUGUAAUUUGAAGUCUCAAGGGGCAAAAGAGUUUUGGACAGAAAUCGAGAUGCUUUCCAAGCUUCGACACAUGCAUCUCGUUAGUCUUUUAGGCUAUUGCGAUGAACACAAUGAGAUGAUCCUUGUUUAUGAGUUUAUGGAGCAUGGUACACUUGCUGAUCAUCUUUACAAUACAAAAACCAAGGGUAAUGUUAUGGUUGGCUAUACGUCAUGGGAGCAAAGGCUCAACAUUUGUGUAGGUGCUGCUCGUGGAUUGGAUUACCUCCAUACAGGUAUUCAGCACGGUAUAAUACAUCGAGAUGUAAAGACCACAAACAUUCUAUUGGACAAGGACUGGAUAGCUAAGAUUUCAGAUUUUGGAUUGUGUAAAGUUGGCUCCACAAGCCAUUCCCACACAUACGUUAGCACAGAUGUAAAAGGCACAUGGGGGUAUCUGGAUCCCGAGUAUUACAUGACCCGUAGGCUAACUAAGAAAACAGAUGUGUAUGCCUUUGGUGUUGUGAUGUUGGAAAUGCUUUGUGGGAGACCAGCAGUUGAUAUGCGGGUCGAUGAGGAGCAACGUAGUCUUGUCCUAUGGGCUAAACAGUGCAUCAUAGAGAACAAACUUGAUCAACUUACUGACCCCAGUUUGAGGAACCAAAUCUCGGCACAUUGCCUGAAGGUGUUUGCUGAAGUUGCUAAUGAUUGCUUAGAUAGUCGUCCAAAGAGACGGCCUACAAUGGCAGAUGUGGUGGUGAGACUUGAGUACGCAUUGGCUUCAGAGAGGGCUGUGAACGAGCUGUUUGGUGAGAACACCAAAAACCGGAAUAGGUCUAAGGGAAACGUAAGCAAGGUGUUUCAGAAGGCUAUUGAAUUUCUAGCUAAAGGUGCUGACAUCAAGUGGAAAAAAAUAAAGGUAGAUGAUUUCAUGGGAAAGAAAAUUGAUCCAGCGAUCUUCAGUUCGAUAAUCAAAAAAACAGAGAACUUGGAUUUCUUGAAGAAAAAAGACGGACUGGCGUCACUCGAACUCAUUGGAAGAGGAGGUUGCGGAGAAGUAUACAAGGCAGAGCUACCAGGAAGCAACGGGAAAAUGAUAGCCAUAAAGAAGAUAAUUCAACCGCCCAUGGAUGCGGCAGAGUUGACGGAAGAAGAUAGUAAGCUUCUAAACAACAAGAUGCGCCAAAUCCGGUCAGAGAUUCAGACCGUGGGCCAGAUUCGGCACCGGAACCUUCUCUCUCUCUUGGCCCACGUGCCGCGCCCUGACUGCCACUAUCUCGUGUAUGAGUUCAUGAAGAACGGAAGUUUACAGGAUAUCCUUAAUCAGGUUUCGCAAGGGACCAGAGAGUUGGAUUGGUUGGCACGGCACAAGAUCGCGCUGGGAGUGGCAGCUGGGCUCGAGUACCUCCACAUGAACCAUAGUCCGCGCAUAAUCCACAGAGAUCUCAAACCGGCGAAUGUCCUUCUCGACGAUGACAUGGAAGCUCGGAUUGCUGAUUUCGGGCUCGCAAAGGUGAUGCCGGAUCAAGAUACGCCCGUGACGAAUUCCAAUGUUGCCGGAACUUUGGGGUACAUUGCUCCGGAGUACCGCCUGACAAUGAAGUUCACAGACAAGUGUGAUAUAUACAGCUUUGGGGUGGUGCUGGGUACUUUGGUGAUCGGAAGGCUACCAUCUGAUAACUUCUUUCAAGACACAGUCGAAAUGAGUUUGGUGAAGUGGAUGAGAAAUGUCAUGACUUCUGAGGAUCCGAACAGAGCAAUUCAUCCGAAGCUGAUGGGAAAUGGACAAGAGGAAGAGAUGCUACUAAUGCUAAAGAUUGCUUGCUAUUGCACUCAUGACGAUCCAAAAGAGAGGCCUAAUAGCAAGGAUGUGAGGUGCAUGUUAGCUCAGAUCACGUACUAAGCGUGCCGCCAACGUAUCACAUUUGAAUGUAUUAAAGAAUAAGGGCAAAUUUUCGUAGUCGUC